GCCGGCGAUCAUGGCGGCGGGCCCCGCGUCCUCCCUGGGCGGCGCCGCGUGGCCCGGCUCCGAGGCCGGGGACUUCUUGGCCCGCUACCGGCAGGUGUCCAACAAGCUCAAGAAGCGCUUCCUGCGGAAGCCGAACGUGGCCGAAGCCGGGGAGCAGUUCGCCCAGCUGGCCCGCGAGCUGCGCGCCCAGGAGUGCCUGCCCUACGCCGCCUGGUGCCAGCUGGCUGUGGCGCGCUGCCAGCAGGCACUCUUCCACGGGCCCGGGGAGACGCUGGCCCUCACCGAGGCCGCCCGACUGUUCCUGCGGCAGGAGUGCGACGCGCGCCAGCGCCUGGGCUGCCCGGCCGCCUACGGCGAGCCUCUGCAGGCGGCCGCCAGCGCCCUGGGCGCGGCUGUGCGGCUUCACCUCGAGCUGGGCCAGCCGGCCGCCGCCGCCGCUCUGUGCCUGGAGCUGGCCGCCGCGCUGCGCGCCCUGGGCCAGCCGGCCGCCGCCGCGGGUCACUUUCAGCGCGCCGCUCAGCUGCACCUGCCCCUGAUGCCACUGGCUGCGCUGCAGGCGCUCGGCGACGCGGCCUCCUGCCAGCUGCUGGCGCGCGACUACACGGGCGCCCUGGCGCUCUUCACACGCAUGCAGCGCCUGGCACGGGAGCAUGGAGGCCACCCGGUGCAGCACCCCGAGCUGCCACUGCCCUCGCCGCCUGCCCCUGGCCUCCAACCAGCCCCGCCAGGACCCCAGCCAAGUCGACCUGGCUCAGCCCCGACCCCGACCCCGCCCCCCGCCCCCCGCCCCCUCCCGCUGCUCCCGGACCACACCCCAGGCUCUGCUGCCCCUUCUCCUGGCACACUCGGUGCCUUCGCAGACGUCCUUGUCAGGUGCGAGGUGUCCCGCGUGCUGCUGCUGCUGCUCCUGCAACCGCCGCCCGCAAAGCUGCUACCCGAGCAUGCCCAGACCCUGGAAAAGUACUCCUGGGAGGCUUUCGACGGCCACGGCCAGGGCCAGGAUAGCAGCGGCCAGCUUCCUGAGGAACUGUUUUUGCUCUUGCAGUCGUUGGUCAUGGCUGCCCACGAAAAGGACACGGAAGGCAUCAAGAAGCUGCAGGUGGAGAUGUGGCCGCUGCUGACUGCUGAGCAGAACCACCUCCUUCACCUCGUUCUGCAGGAAACCCUCUCUCCCUCGGGCCAGGGGGUCUGAUAAGUCACCUGAACCAACCAAACAGUCUUUCCUCCUGGUGCCACUUUGUUUUAUCUUUGGGGACAGGUGAUGGAAGAUGCGACCUCGUUUAGGGUUUUGGUUUCCUUUUCUCGUUUGUUUGUUUCCUUUGCUUUUCUCGUUUCCAUAAAGGGACACCGAGCUAGUUUAGCUGCGCGUGCCUAGCUUAUUGCAUAAAUUAGUGCCCUCCCGGUCCAAACCAGCUGCCUCACACGAGGUAACUUCAUCCUUAAGGCUGGACGAGAUUCCACUGUGUAACGAUCUGCUUUCUUUAUGUGUUGGUCUGUUGCUGGAUGCUGGCUGCCUUGGUUUCUUUUCCUGGCUCUUCGAAGUGUGGAGACAAUAAACGCGGGAGGACGGAUGUUGCUUUGGCAUAUUGCUUUCCUUUCCUUUCCUUUUUCCUUUCAUAACUGGCGGGGUCUGGCACCGCGGAGAAGUUUUUAGAAGAGAUGAGCAAUGUUUCUGCCUUGAAACUUAUGAGGAUUUUUCCGAUUUGGUCAUAACCCCUCUCGUAAUAUAUAUCGUUCCUUGAUUUCCUUACAAAUUAGCACAACAGUGCAGGGAGUAGGAAAAAAGCAGAUGGCAUGAAAUAUGAUUGUCAUGCGGUCUGUGUACCUGAACAUGAGGACUAAGUUGGUAAGCAGAAUGGUCAUGCUAUCUCGUACAUUCCAGACGCAUUUUUACUCUCUGCACACUCUGCUAGCACGGGCCCUUCCUGACUGGGUGGUGGAAGCCUUUCUUCUGAGCUACACACACACGAUGACCUGUUGGUGCUCCUGCCUUUAUCGGGUUGCAGCAAGCUUGCAUUAUCCGGGGGUUUGGG